AGAAGGCGUUGAAGGUCCAAACCCGGUCCGGUCGGGUUUCCAGGCCGCCCAAGUACAAAGCUAAGGACUACAAGUUCAUAAAGACGGAGGACCUGGCUGAGAGCCACCAGUCGGACUCGGACGAUUAUUCUGACAUGAGUGUAGAGGAGGAGGAGAAUGGCAAACGGGCUGGGUCCGGUUCCGACAGCCCUUCGUCUGCCAGCUACAGCCUGAAGUCCCGGCGCCAUCGGUGUCAGACCUGCGAUAAGGCCUACAUUGGUCCUGGAGGCCUGAACCGACACUACAAGCUGAACCCCACCCACGGAGAACCAGAUUUUUCCAGUGUGCCGGAACCAGAGCAGAGCCGAGGGGAUCCGAAGGCAGAGGAGGCCAUGAAAGAGGAGGAGGACGACGGCGAGGAGGAGGAAGAGGAGGAGGAGGAGGAGGAGGAGGACAAACCUGCUGCUGUGGCAACAAACAAUGGAGACCGCGGCCGUGUGGAAACCGAAGGACUCGGCAUCCUUCAGCACCGCGGCCCCGGGCGCCCCAGGGGCCGGGGGAGAGGAAGAGGACGGGGGAGAGGAAGAGGCAGGGGCCGAGGCCGAUCCCUGGGGCCUCCUCCUAAGGUGACAGUUGGGCUGGUGGGUAGACCCGGUCGUCGAGGGCGUCCCCCGAAGCUCGGCGUCCUCCCAGUGACUGUCAAGCAGCUGGCAGAGAGGAGACAGCAAAGGCUGCAGGAGCUGGUGGAGCAGUGUGAGGAUGAAGAACUGAUGGAGGUCGUUCUUCCUCGUUUGACCAGUAUGUUAAGUCUGUGGGAGCUGCUGCUGGCAAAGCUGGACUGCAAGAGUUCAGCCUGCAGCAGUUUCCCAGACAUCUACCACGAGUUUGAAUCUCUGCAUGGCCAAGUUAGACAGACUGCACAGGACUACAUCUCCAGUCCUCUAGGUGGAGCCAUGCCGGUGGAGGUCAGGAACAUCGAGGUGGCCAGGUCUCUGGGGAUCCUGGAUGAGGUGAACAAGAUGAAAGUGGUUCCUGGAGCGGCCCCAGUCUCGGCUGUGAACAGUAAAAAUGUGCGGUACAUGGGGAACUCCAAGAUGUUGCCGCCAUCGAAGAGAUUUAAGAUGGAAAACAACAUUGGAGAUCACCAGAACGGCACCGAGGCGCCAAGAGCAGGUGCCGCUCCGGUGACCUCGGCCCCUUCCCCUCUGCUGAAGUCCUGUUCCGUCUCCAUGUCUCCCCUGGAUAUUUCAGGUGGAUCCAAAGUUCUGACCAGCUCUACUGAACCUACCUCCAGCUCUUCUGCCACCUCCCCUGCUGCACCACCUCCCACACUGGUCCCACCUACUGCCAGCCCCCUGGAGGAGCAGAAGGAGGCGCCGGAGCCCUCAGUCCAGGACGAAGACAUGGCCGACGCCUCUGACCAGAUGACCCAACAAGACGGCGCUCCUAGUUCCAGCCCUAAGGGAACCACAGACACUCAGACGCUGGAGUCCAGCCCCCCCCAACCCUCAGCCUCCUCCAAGCCUGAUCCUGGGUCUGCAGAGCCCAGGGAGCUGCAGGCGGGGCAGGAGAUCUACAUCCAGACCGAGGGGCUGACGGUCCAGCUGGCUGAGCCGGGGUCGGACGGGAUCGUCAUCGUCAACGGGCCAGACGGAACCACCAUGCACAUCCAGACCCCAGAAGGGGUUCCCCUGGAGGCGGUGCAGGCUCUGCUGGGCAUCGAGGCUUCAGACGGAGACAAACCUCCUCAGCAGAGCCAAGACUGAGCUCAGCUCCCCCCGAACAGUACCGCUGAUGAAGGGGCCUGAAAACGGGCGGGCGAGCGGGUGCUCUGGGUCAGCGCCAGCCAAUGGGCGGCCGGGUCGAGUCCACAAACACCCGACUGUUGGCUGAGCAGGAGGCAGGGACAGAGAGGGCUGCAGCACCUCCUCCUACGACAGGUUGGAAUCUAGAAGGAGGUCCAGCCGCUCUGAAUGUUGGAACCAUGGGGGGGGGGGGGGGGGCAUAUCCCACAUGACAAUCGUCCCUCAGAACCUUUCAUUUCUCCUGUUUUACGUUGCUGGUCCGGCCCCUCCCCCUCUGACUGUCUGCACUUCAUUUGUUCGUUUUUAUUUUUCUGUUUCUGAAAUAAAUCUUUUUCAGAAAUCAAACGCAUGAAAUGACGGAUUAAAUGGGGGGGCGCCUUGCUUUGGUCCGUAUUUGGGUUCUGCAGAGGUCCGUCUGUCCCGUUUGGACCAUUAAACCCUACAGAUCCUCAUACUGGGACCAGUUUGCUUCUGUCUCUGGUGUGGGCUGGGAUCCCGGCCCCCAGCCUUUGUGUUUGUGUCAGGUGGGUGCGGGGCUCCAGAACAUUCAUUUCCUGGAGGAUCAAGUGCGGAACGCUGAAGAGGAACCAGAGUUUUCCCGGAAUGAGGCGGUUUUCUUAACGCCGUAGGAUCUGGUGUUUCAUCAGAGGAGAGAAUCCUGACCCAGAAGCCUCUGCAGUGACGGCGAAGCGCUUGAGCUCUGCUGCUGCCAGGACCUUUGAACAUCUCUACAUCUCUUCCGUGUUUUUACCACAUACGCAUUUAAAACUAGAAGGUUGGAUGUUUAUAUGUAGAUAAAGACCAUGAACAAAGUUAAAGAGUUUCACUAUUUUAUUACUUUUUAUAAAGCAUCAGUCAUGUCUUUGAAGCGGGGGGGGUCAGUAUCCACUACAUGUUACCUUCUUCCAAUAAAGCCCUGAUAGAAACCGC